AUGAGCAAGAGGCACAUAAGUGUGGGUCAGCAGACAUGGGCUCUUCUUGGCAAGAACUGUCUUAAAAAGUGGAGAAGAAAAAGAGACACCUUGUUGGAGUGGUUUUUCUCAUUUCUUCUGGUCCUAUUUGCAUACCUAUUUUCUUUAAAUUUACAUCAAGUUCAUGACUCUUCGCAAAUGCCGGCAGUGGAUCUAGGAUGUGUAGAUACUUUUAAUGAGUCUAAUUAUGUGAUUUCGUUUGCACCUGAAUCCAAAACUACACAAGAAAUAAUGAAAAAAGUUGCUUCUGCCCCAUUUAUGAAAGGAAGAACAGUCAUGGGAUGGCCUGAUGAUAAAAGCAUGAAUGAAUUGGACUUAAAUGACUCAAUAGAUGCAGUGAGAGUCAUCUUCAAUGAUACCUUCUCAUAUCAUUUGAAGUUUUCCUGGGGACAUCGAAUCCCCAAGAUGAAAGAACACAGAGACCAUGCAGCUCAUUGUCAAGUAAUGGAUGAAAAAGUAAUGUGUGAAAGUUCAAUUUUCUGGGAGAAAGGCUUUGUGGCCUUUCAGGCUGCCAUUAAUGCUGCUAUCAUAGAAAUCACAACAAAUCAUUCAGUGAUGGACAAGUUGAUGUCUGUUACUGGAGUGAAUAUGAAGAUACUGCCUUUUGUUGCUCAAGGAGGAGUUGCAACUGACUUUUUUAUUUUUGUGUGCAUUAUUUCUUUUUCUGCAUUCAUCUAUUAUAUAACAGUCAGUGUUACGCAAGAAAGGCAAAGUAUGAAACCAUUAAUGAAAAUGAUGGGACUUCAAGAGUCAGCAUUCUGGCUCUCCUGGGGUUUGAUGUACACUGGGUUCAUCAGUAUCACAGCCAUUGUGAUGACUCUCAUCAUAAAAUCUGCACAAGUUGUCGUUCUGACUGGCUCCAUGGUAGUGUUUGCCCUCUUUCUCCUCUACGGCCUGUCUUUGAUAACAUUAGCUUUCCUGAUGAGUGUGCUGAUAAAGAAACCUUUCCUUGCUGGCCUGGUCAUCUUUCUCCUUAUUGUCUUUUGGGGGAGUCUGGGAUUCACAGCACUCUACAGACAUCUUCCUGCAUUUCUGGAAUGGUCCUUCUGUCUCGUGAGCCCUUUUGCCUUCACUGCUGGAAUGGCUCAGCUUAUACAUUUGGACUUUGAUGUGGAUUCUGAGAUCAGUUUGAAGUCUUCAAACCACCCAAAUCUAAUAGCAGCCAAUCUUGUCAUGUUGAUUUUUGAUACUCUUCUCUAUUUGGCAUUGACAUUGUAUUUUGACAAAAUUUUGCCAACUACCUAUGGAUAUCAACAAUCUCCCUUGUUUUUCCUGAAGUCCUCUUGUUGGUUUCAACACCAAAGGCCUAACCGUGUGGUUCUGGAGAAUGAGGUAGAUUCUUAUCACUCGUGUAAUGACUCCUUUGAAGCAGUGCCUCCAGAAUUCCAUGGGAAAGAAGCUAUCAGAAUUAAGAAUCUUAAGAAAGAAUAUACCGGAAAGCAUGAAAAAGUGGAGGCAUUGAAAGGUCUGGUAUUAGACAUCUAUGAGGGCCAGAUCACCGCACUCCUUGGCCACAGCGGAGCUGGGAAAACCACCCUGAUGCACACGCUCAGUGGGCUGUCACUCCCAACCUCAGGUUCCAUCACCGUCUAUGGUCACACACCAUCAGAAAUGACCGGCGUGGAAACUGCUCUCAAGUUCAUCGGCAUGUGUCCACAAUCCAACGUGCAAUUUGACUUCCUCACCUUGAGGGAAAACCUCUGGCUGUUUGCUAAAAUAAAAGGGAUUGUGCCCCGUGAAGUGGAGCAGGAGGUACAGCGAGUUUUGAGGGUUUUGGAUAUGAAAAAUCUUCAAGACAUCCUUGCUCGAACUCUAAGUGGUGGACAAAAAAGGAGGCUGACCUUAGGGAUUGCCCUUUUAGGAGACCCCGAGAUUUUGCUACUAGAUGAACCCACUGCUGGAUUGGAUCCUCUCUCGAGGCACCGAGUAUGGGAUCUCUUAAAAGAGAGAAAAUCGGGCAAAGUAAUUGUCUUCAGUACUCAGUUCAUGGAUGAGGCUGACACCCUGGCUGAUAGGAAGGUGUUUAUAUCCAACGGGAAGCUGAAAUGUGCGGGUUCUUCUCUGUUCCUAAAGAAGAAAUGGGGCAUUGGCUACCAUUUAAGUUUGCAUCUGAAUGAAAUGUGUGACCCAGAAAAUAUAACAACACUAAUUAAACGGCACAUUCCUGAUGCCAAAUUAACAGCACAGAGUGAGGAAAAGCUUGUAUAUGUUUUACCUUUGGAAAGAACGUACAAAUUUCCAGAACUUUAUAGAGAUCUUGAUCAAUGUUGUCAUCAAGGCAUUGAGAAUUAUGGUGUUUCCAUGGCAACUCUUAAUGAAGUGUUCCUGAAAUUAGAAGGAAAACCAGCUAUUGAUGAAUCAGAUGGUGGGGUUUGGGACCGAUUACCAAACGACGGAGUGGAAGACAUGGGAAGCCUCACAGAGCUGGAACAAGUUUUGUCUUCCUUAAGAGAAACCAGGAAAAUAGCCAACGGCAUGGCUCUCUGGAGACAGCAGCUCUGCGCAAUAGCAAAAGUUCGCUUUCUAAAGUUGAAGAAUGAAAGAAAAAGCCUGUUGGCAAUGUUUCUGCUAUUUGUAGUUAGUUUUUUCCCUCAACUUUUGGAACAUCUCUUCUAUGAAUUAUAUCAAAGAAGUUACUCUUGGGGAUUGUCUCCACAAAUGUACUUCCUCUCACCUGGACAGCAAGUGCAAGCUCCUCUGACCCGUUUACUGAUCAUCAACAGAACAGGAUCGAGCAUUGAUAACUUCAUCCAUUCCCUGUGGCGGCAGAACAUAGCUUUAGAAGUGGAUGCCUUUGGAGUCAGAAAUGGUGCAGACGAGUCAGCAUACAAUGGGGCUAUCACUGUCUCUGGCGAUGCAAAGGAUUACAGAUUUUCGAUAGCAUGUAAUACCAAAAGGCUGAACUGCUUUCCGGUCCUCGUGGAUGUCAUCAGCAAUGCGCUCCUUGGGAUGCUUAACUCUUCUGAACACAUUCAAACUGACAGAAGCACGUUUUUCGAAGACACAUCCUACGAAUAUGGGUACCUGAGUAACGCCUUCUUCUGGAUACCAGUGGCAGCCUGCUUCACUCCCUACCUUGCAAUGAGCAGCAUCAGUGACUACAGACAAAACACACAAUCCCUGCUAUGGGUGUCAGGCCUCUACCCUUCUGCUUACUGGUUUGGACAGGCACUGGUGGAUAUUCCCUUGUACUUCCUUAUCCUCCUCCUAAUGCAAAUCAUGGAUUAUGUCUUCAACCCAGAUGAUAUUAUAUAUAUAAUUCAAAACUUGUUAAUUCAGAUCCUCUGUAGUAUUGGAUAUGUCUCAUCUCUUGUUUUCUUGACAUACGUGAUUUCAUUCAUUUGUCGCAAAGGUAGAAAAAAUAGUGGUGCUUGGUCGUUUUUAUUCUUAAUUAUUACCAUCUUCUCAAUCGUUGCUACAGAUCUGAAUGAAUAUAGAUUUUUAGGACUACUUUUCAGCACCUUAUUAAUACCACCCUUCACGCUUAUUGGGUCUCUGUUCAUUUUCUCAGAAAUUUCUCAUGACUCCAUGGAUUACCUAGGAGCCUCAGAGUCUCAGAUUGUUUUUCUGGCAUUGCUAAUACCAUACCUUCAUUUCUUCAUUUUUGUGUUUGUUCUGCGAUACCUGGAAAAGAACUUUAGGAAGAAAUCAAUGAGAAUGGAUCCUGUGUUCAGAAUUUCUCCGCAAAGAAACAAAGUUCUUCCAAACCCAGAAGACCCUGAAGGGGAGGAUGAAGCUGUUCAGCUGGAAAGAAUGAGAGCAGCAAAUGCUGUGACUCUGCCAGAUGCUGACGAGACACUAGUCAUUGCUGCCAGCUGCCUGCGGAAGGAAUAUGCAGGCGGAAAGAAACACUGCCUUUCCAGAAAGAAGAAAACAGUUGCCACAAGAAAUGUCUCUUUCUGUGUCAAGAGAGGUGAAAUUAUAGGGCUAUUAGGUCAUAACGGCGCAGGUAAAAGUACAACUAUAAAGAUGAUGACUGGAGACACAAAACCGACUGCGGGCCAGGUGAUUUUGAAAGGGAGCAGCAGAGGGGAGCCCCUGGGGUUCCUGGGGUACUGCCCACAGGAGAAUGCACUCUGGCCCAGCUUGACAGUUCAGGAGCACCUGGAGGUGUACGCUGCUGUGAAAGGACUGAAGAAAAGAGACAUGGCACUCAGCAUGACACGGUUGGUGGUUGCGCUCAAGCUGCAGGACCAGCAGAAGGCUCCUGUCAAAACCUUACCCGAGGGAGCAAAGAGAAAGCUGUGCUUCCUGUUGAGCAUCCUUGGGGGCCCAUCAGUAGUACUUCUGGAUGAGCCCUCAACCGGCAUGGACCCCGAGGGGCAGCAGCAGAUGUGGCAGGCGAUCCAAGCCACCUUUAGAAACACAGAGGGAGGCGCUCUCCUGACCACCCACUACAUGGCAGAGGCCGAGGCCGUGUGUGACCGAGUGGCCAUCAUGGUGUCUGGCAGGCUGAGAUGCAUUGGCUCAAUCCAACACCUGAAAAGCAAAUUUGGCAAAGAUUAUCUACUAGAAAUGAAAGUGAAAACCCUCACCCAAGUGGAACACCUGCAUGAAGAAAUUCUGAGGCUUUUCCCCCAGGCUGCUCGUCAGGAAAGAUACUCCUCCCUCCUGGUCUAUAAGUUGCCUGUUGAGGAUGUGCAACCUCUGUCCCAGGCUUUCUUCAAGUUAGAGACGGUUAAACAGAGCUUCGACCUGGAGGAGUACAGCCUCUCGCAGUCUACCCUGGAGCAGGUUUUCCUGGAGCUCUCCAAGGAGCAGGAGUUGGAAGCCUUCGACGAAGAGCUUGAUCCCUCAGUGACUUGGAAGCUCCUCCCCCAGGAAGAACCUUAAAACCACAAAUACUCCGUGCAUCUAUUAAAGUUUGUGACUCUUUAAGGCACUAUUUUAUAGCAUGAAUGUGUUUUAUCUGUUUCUGAUGAACAAUGCUUUUCAAACUCAUGUGCAAAUUUUCAGUCUUGAGUUUGCUUAUAGUGAGACCACAGGGUAAAAGCAAAGAGAGCAGUGUUGCAGGGGCCUGACCAGAAAGCCCGGCCAUAGAUGUGCAUACCACAAAAUUCAAAAUUCAAAAUAAAAAUUUUUUAAAA